AGCCGAUAUUUCCCAAUAUGAUGCAUGACGAUGCGAUGAUACGUGAUAAACCGUCAAGUCGAAAGCGCCUCGUAAUUCCGAAGGUCCGUGAAGGCGGCAGAGCGUGGGGCGCAAAGAUGGCGGCGCUCCUCCGCAAAGCGACCAAAGCCGUCGGCGUGUGCGCGCGCGGCCGUCGCGGCGUGUCUCAGCUGGCCGAGCUUCCGGAAACUCACCACAUCCUGCGGCGGACGUGCCGAGACUUCGCCGACCGCGAACUGACGCCCGUCGCCGCCCGGCUGGACAGAGAACAGACGUACCCGGCGCGGCAGAUCUUGGAGCUGGGCGCCAUGGGCGUGAUGGCCACGGAGGUCCCCGAGGAGCUGGGCGGGGCCGGCAUGGACUACCUGGCGUACAGCGUGGCCGUGGAGGAAAUCAGUCGCGGCUGCGCCAGCACCGGCGUGGUCGUCUCCGUCAACAACUCUCUGUAUUUGGGUCCAAUCCUGAAGUUCGGUUCUGAGGAACAGAAGCAGAAGUGGAUCACCCCUUUCACCAGCGGCCACCGGGUGGGCUGUUUCGCCCUCAGCGAACCAGGCAACGGCAGCGACGCGGGCGCCGCGUCCACGGUGGCGCAUCAGGACGGCGACCAUUGGGUCCUGAACGGCACCAAAGCGUGGAUCACCAACAGCUGGGACGCCGCCGCCGCCGUCGUCUUCGCCACCACCGACAAGAAGCUCAAGCACAAGGGCAUCAGCGCCUUCCUUGUGCCCAUGCCCCACCCGGGCCUGUCGCUGGGCAAGAAGGAGGACAAGCUGGGCAUCAAGGCCUCGUCCACCGCCAACAUCAUCCUGGAGGACUGCAGGAUCCCGCUGGACCACAUGCUGGGGCCUCGUGGCGCCGGAUUCAAGAUCGCCAUGCAAACUCUGGACAGCGGGCGCAUCGGCAUCGCGGCGCAGGCGCUGGGCAUCGCUCAGGCGUCGCUGGACUGCGCCGCCGACUACGCCCACAAACGACACGCCUUCGGAGCGGCCAUUGGGAAACUGCAAGCCAUCCAGUUCAAGCUGGCCGACAUGGCGCUGGCCGUGGAGAGCGCCCGGCUGCUCACGUGGAAGGCGGCCGCCCUGCGCGACGCCGGCAGGGCCUUCACCAAGGAAGCCGCCAUGGCCAAACUGGCCGCGUCCGAGGCCGCCACCUUCUGCUCCCACCAGGCCAUCCAAGUUCUGGGCGGGAUGGGCUACGUGACGGACAUGCCCGCCGAGCGCCACUACCGCGACGCCCGCAUCACGGAGAUCUACGAGGGCACCAGCGAGAUCCAGAGACUGGUCAUCGCGGGACAGCUGCUCAAGGACUACGCAACCUAGCUGGACCCCGAUCGGAAACCUAAACAACGACAACAAGUGCCAAUAAGGAACAUCAGGCUCACGUUGGCUUCUUUUUUUUUGGGGGGGGGGUUUUAAAUGUCAGUUUUUGUAAAUUUUGAAAAAAAUGUAUCGAUUCAUUCUUUGGUUCUCUGUCGCACCGAGCCUCACUCGGGUCUUUGGUUCCGUCUGACUUCAAAUCAGCGUAAAGGGACAGCAAUGGUACUUGUCCGGCAGAGGGCUUGCUGAUGUGCCUCCGCUACACGUACGUGACAAUGUUGGAACCGCAAUCGUGAUUGUGAAAAUGCUCAGUGAAAUUAAAUCGAAAUAUGCUUUGCGCA